AUGGGAACUGCGAUUCUGGCUGGGAUUAUGGAGUACCUCUCUGAGACCGACAAAGAUCUUCUUAGUGGUGCCGCUCGGUCGGAAACUGUGCAGCAGACGAAAGAUGAAUCUGCGCCGAGAAAGUUACCUACCAAGUUCAAUGCUUGCGUGCGAAGUCGUGAAACUGCAGAACGGAUUCGCAAGGAAUUGGGCAAAUACAAUGCACGCGUGACAGUGCGAGAGAAUGAUUCUUUGCCAGCAAUCAAUCAAGGAGAUGUCGCUCUCUUAGCUUGCGAGCCAGAUGCAGUAUCCAAAAUUCUCGGUGCAGAUGGCGUUCGAAAAGCGCUAGCUGGUAAGCUGCUCAUCAGUGUUUGUGCUGGAGUCACGGAACAGGGAAUGCACGACAUAUUGUACAGUGAGACGGCUGCAGAUGUUCAGAAGUGUACGAUAGUACGCGCGAUGCCAAACGUAGCUGCAGCAAUUCGAGAGUCAAUGACUGUCAUCGCCACUUCAGAUCCAGCGCUUUCAGAAGAGACUGAUCGCCUUAUCACUUGGAUCUUCACCCGGAUCGGAAUCGUGCGUCGUGUGCCACCAGCAGCCAUGGACGUCUGCACUGCUCUCUGCGGCUCCGGGCCUGCUUUUGCUGCCCUUGUCGUUGAAUCGAUGGCCGCCGGUGCUAUCUCUAUGGGGUUGAAUCGAGGAGAUGCGUACGCCAUGGCUGUACAAGCUGUACGAGGCUCCGCAGGACUUCUGCUCGAAGGCGAGCAUCCGGCUCUACUUCGCGACAAAAUCUCAACUCCUGGUGGAGGUACUAUCAACGGCCUGCUUGCAAUGGAGGAAGGUGGAUUGAGAAGUACUGUUGCCAAGGCUGUGCGAGAGUCAGCUCGGGUUGUUGGCCAAAUGGGAACCGAAAACGAGGUGAAUCAUGAGCGCUGA